GGAAAGUAAUUAUUCCGUACGACAGCACCGCCUCACCGCAGUAAUCAAUAAACAGCGAACAAAACAAAAAACAGCUGAUCUUUAUCGGCAGUUGCUUCCCGUCAGUUCGCAGUUCAUAAGUAUAGAGUAUUAUUCAUUUAUUGUUGUAUUACUUUGUCUGGCUGUAAAUCCAUAAUCAAAAACGUAACAAUUGCGCUGGUUGCUAAUUGCGACGCUUAAAAAAUAUAUUAUAUUUGUUUAAAUUAAAUUGCAAAAUUAGAGAGCGUAGUUGAGAGUGUAAAUACAGAAAAACAACGCAAUUGGGGAGCUGCUAUUAACUGACUCACUCUUCAUCGGUCGCUGUCUGCCUUCACAUUUCUCCAUCCCAAACGUAGCCGCCACCACGUAGCAAAACAACAAAUGUCUGAAGUGAAUUUCGACUGUAUACGCUCAAUCGAACCCAAUGCAGCAAACAACACACCCGUUGCCGUCUCAGCAUCUACCUCCAACACAUCCUCAACUGCAAUUACCUCAUCCACCAACAGCAAUAGCUCGGCUAACCAAACCCAACGGUCGCAAUCAUUUGAAAAUUCCACAGAUGCUUAUCUCGAAGCGACUCGCAUUUUAAUCGUUUUAAUUGAAAAUGUACUUAAAGAGCCGACAAAUUCAAAAUAUCGCACCAUACGUCUCGAGAAUAAAACAAUUAAAGAGAAACUGCUCUCGGUGGCAGGCAUUGCGCAGUUGCUUGAUGCAAUUGGAUUCGAACGCAACGCCACAGAAUAUACGCUGUCCCAGAACGUACCACUGAAACGCAUUCAACAGUAUCGAGACGUUUUGCAAGAAAGGCGUGAAUCCUGGCUGAAAAGCAACACACAAACAAUUAAAACAGCAGUGCGGGAAACCCCAAAAGUGAGUGGCAACAAUAUGGCCUCAUUAGCAAAUGUACAAAGGCAAAGUGAACCAUUGCGGCCAAUUAUCACGUCAAUCCCUUAUCAGCAGCGCAUUACGUUUCCACGUGUGUUGCAAACAAACAAUGCUUUUCUACAGUCAUUGGAACUGCAAUCGGACGCCGUUAUGCAGUAUGAGGAUGAGAAGCUCUUAGCAGCUGGACGUGCGCUCAUCCCCAUAGAUGAGUUAACACAGAAAGCGAGUGAGAAGCUAAUUGCUUUCCAGGAACAAAUCGUUGCCGGUGAAUGCAAAGAAAAAGAGCCAUGCAUAAGAGAUCUGCUAGUGGUGGAAUUGUGCAAUUGGUUCAACACUGAGUUCUUCGAAUGGGUCAACCAUAUGCCUUGUCGCGUCUGUGGUAGUGAAGAAAGUAAGCUACAGCGUACACAAACCGAAGGCGAUCUUCGCGUUGAGGUGAGCUACUGUUGUGGACAAGAAACCAAAUUUUACCGUUACAAUGAUGUGGCACAGCUAUUGGUAUCGCGUAAAGGACGCUGUGGUGAAUAUGCAAAUUGCUUUACAUUUCUCUGUCGCUGCUUGGAAUACGAUGCACGACUUGUAUUAUCGCGGUUCGAUCAUGUAUGGACAGAGGUAUAUUCAGAGAGCCAAGCGCGUUGGCUGCAUGUAGACCCCUCCGACAAUGUGGUGGACUCUCCGCUAAUGUAUCAACAUGGCUGGAAGCGACCCAUCGACUAUGUGCUCGCAUACUCUUGUGACGAUAUGCAGGAUGUAACCUGGCGUUAUGUCAAUAACCAUAAACAGACGUUAAAGACGCGUCAUCUAUGUGGUGAAAAUGAAUUGAUUGCCACUAUUAUAGCCAUACGCAAGAAGCGUCAGGCAGGACUCAGUGCCGAACGCAUCAAAACACUGAGUCAACGUGCAAUGUUGGAGCUCUUCGAACUGGCAGUGCAGCGAGAACCAACAGAGGGCGAACUCAAGGGCCGCAGCUCGGGCAGCUUGGCUUGGCGUCAGUCGCGUGGCGAACAUAAAUUUAACAAUGUAUUUGUUUUCACCCCCACCGAAGCUGAUGUGGCCGCCAAGCAGUUUAAUAUGCGUUACAGCUGUGCGAAAGAUAUCUAUGAGCGAUAUCUUAAAGUUGGUACUACUGAGACAACGUAUAAGACCUAUAAGACUUGGCAAAGUGCUCAAUUUUCAUCCAGAAACAUUUUUCGCAAAGUAGAGCGCGAUUGGAAAAUGGCUUAUUUGGCACGCGAAGAAGGUGCUGAGGAAGGUGAAAUCGUUUGGAAAUUCGACUUUAGUAAUGCUGGUUUGAAAAUCAAAUCGUAUGAUUUGCGUUUCGAGCGCAAAACCUUUGGCGAAGGCCAAAUCGAAGUGAAUGUGUCAACGGAUGAGGGUAGUGCGAACAUUAUUGGUGCCUCAGUAUUUGAAAUAAAAGCUGUAUUAUCGGGCGGUAAAGGCGAUGUCGCAUGGCAGCACGCUCAGCUGUUCAGACAAAGUCUAAAUCAAAAUGAAAGUCUAUUCGAUUUACAAAUUAACUUCGUAUAAACUCCAUAUAUUUGUGUGCAAGAAAUCGUUAUAUUUUAGUGUAAUAAUAAUAAUAUUAUGUGUAUUAUGAUUCCUAAUCAAACAAAACAAAAAAGAAAUUCUUAAAUUGUGCAACAUAAAUACUUGUAUGUGUAUUGCAAAGCAUAUUAACGACAAAGUUUUAAAUGAAAACAUAAAUAUAUAUUUCUAUUUGAUACAAACUGAAAA